AUGAAGUGGAAAAGGGUAUUUCUUUCUGCUCCUCAAAAUUGUGUAUACAAUAGUUUUCUUUUCUUGCCCAUGUUUUUCGUAGUUAAAUUUGACUCGGUAUGUGUGAAAUUUGUGUCUUCCAUUGUUGAAGCAAAAAUACUAAUUUUCAUUCAAUAUUGGCAAAAUAUUGAUUUCAAAAUAUUUGGAUGGAGGGAAAGAGGCACCAUCCAAAUGAAGAAA